GGGCCGGCCCACGCACGCGCGGCGCAUCGGCGGCGGCGGGGAGGGAAGAUGGCGGCGCCGGUCACAGCCGCCCCCCGGGCGGAGCCGCGGGCAGGGUGCCCGCAGCCCUGAGGGCCCGGCCCGGCCCAGGUCUGAAGUGGAAUGCCAUGGCCAGUUCCUCAGACAGUGAAGAUGAUGGUUUCAUGGCUGUGGAUCCAGAAGACGCUGUGGUUGAAGGGACGAUGGAGCAAGAUGACGAGCCGCACGCUGAGCUGGAGGUCGAGGAGACCAGGCACAACAGAUCGAUGUUGGAGCUCCCAGAAGAGGUUUUGGAAUAUAUCCUCUCCUUCCUCUCACCGUAUCAGGAGCACAAAACCGCUGCCCUUGUCUGCAAACAGUGGUAUCGACUCAUCAAAGGUGUGGCCCAUCAGUGCUAUCAUGGAUUUAUCAAAGCGGUGCAAGAAGGAAAUAUUCAGUGGGAGAGUCGCACUUACCCCUACCCCGGCACCCCCAUCACACAACGCUUCUCGCACAGCGCAUGUUACUAUGAUGCCAACCAGUCAAUGUACGUGUUCGGGGGGUGCACGCAGAGCAGCUGCAAUGCCGCUUUCAAUGACCUCUGGAGACUUGACCUGAACAGCAAGGAGUGGAUCCGGCCCCUGGCAUCGGGUUCCUACCCCUCGCCCAAGGCCGGGGCCACGCUGGUGGUCUACAAGGACUUGCUUGUGCUUUUUGGUGGGUGGACACGGCCGAGCCCUUACCCUCUGCACCAGCCAGAGAGGUUCUUCGAUGAAAUCCAUACGUACUCACCCUCCAAAAACUGGUGGAACUGCAUCGUGACCACCCAUGGCCCCCCUCCCAUGGCAGGACACUCCUCCUGUGUCAUCGAAGACAAAAUGAUCGUCUUUGGGGGCUCACUAGGAUCUCGACAGAUGAGCAACGACGUCUGGGUGCUGGAUCUCGAGCAGUGGGCUUGGUCCAAGCCCAACAUCUCUGGGCCCAGCCCUCACCCGCGUGGUGGCCAGUCUCAGAUCGUAAUUGACAACGAAACCAUUUUAAUCCUCGGCGGCUGUGGUGGUCCCAACGCACUGUUCAAAGAUGCCUGGUUACUGCACAUGCACUCCAACCCCUGGACGUGGCAGCCGCUCAAGGUGGAGAAUGAAGACCACGGAGCUCCAGAGCUGUGGUGCCAUCCUGCCUGCCGGGUGGGACAGUGCGUCGUGGUCUUUAGCCAAGCUCCCAGCGGAAGAGCCCCGCUGAGUCCCAGCUUGAACUCUCGCCCCUCUCCCAUCAGUGCCACGCCGCCCGCCCUGGUCCCCGAAACACGGGAAUACCGCUCACAGUCUCCCGUCAGGAACACGGACGAGGCUCCCUGCGUCAACGGCCGCUGGGGCACCUUGCGACCCAGAGCGCAGAGGCAAACCCCUUCGGGCUCGCGGGAAGGCAGCCUCUCCCCAGCCAGGGGGGACAGUUCCCCCGUACUCAACGGUGGGAGUUUAUCGCCCGGAGCCAUGGCAGCCGGCGGGGCCUCCUUGGACAGCCCCGUGCAGGUCCUAUCGCCCAGCACGCCUUCCACGGCUGAAGGAUACGACCUAAAAGUAGGACUCGCCUUGGCACCGCGCCGAGGAUCGCUUCCAGAGCAGAAAGACCUGCGUUUGGGAUCCGUCGACCUGAGCUGGGACCAGAAACCGGCUUCCAUCAUCUGCCAGCUGGACGGUGUGGAGGGCAGGACGGUCGGCACGAGCGUGAGGAACCCCCCUGAGCAAACCAACGGCAUCCACACGCCGCCUCACGUCGCCAGCUCCCUCCCGGGUGCCGUCUCCCCCAGCGCGCUUCGGAGGAGCCUGGAGGCUGUCAAAGCCCUCUCUUCCAAAGCCACCUCGGCUUCUGCGGCGCUGAGCCCUCCGCUGGCUUCUUCCCCAGGGUCUCCGGGUGCCGAGACGGGCUCGGCAGCGCGUCCGGGCUCUACCCAAAGCGAGGGCCAUUCCUUACCUCCCAUCGCCCGCCGCCUGGGCCACCACCCUCCCCAAUCCCUCAACGUUGGGAAGCCUUUAUACCAGAGCAUGAACUGCAAACCCAUGCAGAUGUACGUGCUGGACAUUAAGGACACCAAGGAGAAAGGACGAGUUAAAUGGAAAGUGUUCAACAGCAGCUCGGUGGUGGGGCCACCCGAAACCAGUUUACACACAGUGGUGCAAGGCCGAGGGGAGUUAAUCAUCUUCGGGGGCCUCAUGGACAAGAAACAAAACGUCAAAUACUAUCCCAAAACAAAUGCCUUGUACUUUGUGCGAGCAAAAAGAUAAUGCGGCCCAAGCCCUUCGCCGUCGUCCCCUCCUCCCCCAUCCCUGCGGCUCUUCCCUCUCCUUGCCCGACCCGUGCUCCAUCCGCAGGUGCUCAAACUGUGAAUUUAGGGAGCAAGAAACCAAUAAAGGCCAAGCAAAACCUCCAGCGCUGCCCUGCCGCUUCCCAGUAAGAUCCCAGUUAAACGAAUCGUGUUUACAGGCGGCGAAGGACCCGCUGCCAUCCAAGCCAAGGAUUUGGGAUGAGCAGGUAGGGAAUUGCACCCUCCAGUAGCCUCUUUAUUUUGGAGGGAUUUGAGAGGCUUUGUGUCUCAAACUCCUCCUUGAUGGGAGUAAAAACGAUUUGAUAUGAACAAACUCAAGGCCGGCAGGCAGGAGGCUGUCGGGGUGCGUGCACUCAUUAGCUCUGUGCUUGACUCCGUAAGGAAAAUGGCAGCAAUACCCCAGCAGGAAUCUCCCAGCGCUGCAGACCUUUGCUUGACAUGAACACGAUGCCUUGUUUUCACCUCUCACACUUUGGCCUACAGCUCACGUUCCUGUCCUCUGUCUGGGACCAUAAGAAGGAAGAAAGCGCAGAUUUUUUUGCAUUAAGAUGCCAAAAAUAUUAAGAACGAUCCGGGUGUUCUCCUCUCCUCCCUGCCAUGUGCUGCAUCGGGCUUUGGGAUCAUCCCUGAUCUUUCCUAAGCAGCAAAAACCCACACAAUUUACUCUAAAAACCCCAUUAUUCCCCCAAAGCCGAGACAUUUGGCUGCUGAUUCCCUUCUAAAUUUGAAGGUUUUGUCCCAUUUAACAGCGUGCAAACCCUUCCAAGGCUGAACCAGCACCUCCCUAGUGUUGGACUAGUGCACACGAGUCCUUGUAGCCUGGCAACAGGGCUGCUUUUCCAGCCAAAAAGCUGGAUAUUGGUAAAUUUGAGGGCGCGAGGGCAGUAAUUGCAACUCAUCUUUGCACAUGCCUCCUCCUGCAAACAUUCAAAUCCAAAGGGAUUCGACCUGUGCAUCCUUCCAGGCCACCCUCCCUCCUUCCCUUUCCCCUCCAGAUGAUGGGGGGUGGGAAAAAUGGGUGGAUUCUGCCAGGUUUUGGUCAACAACCUCCAGCCCCUGACACGUGGGAGCCCUCUCCACACCGGCAGUGCCAUGACGUGGCCCCUUUUCCCUUCUUUUUAUUCCCUCUCUGUCCCCACUGAGCUUUUUUGCCGGUUGGAGCCUUAAAUUGCAUCUCGGCCACGUAGGGAUGGGGAGGGUUUUGCUUCGUCUGCAGCUUUUCCCCCCUCUGUAAAUAAAUCCCUGAUGAAAUCCAGCCUCUCCCACUCUAUUCCAAAUGUAUUUGAUCCUAAACGAAGGCAAAAAGGCAAUUUCCCUCAAAAAAAAAACCUUAGGAGCACCCAAGGUCAUCUGGGAAGUCUCCGCUUUAAGCUUCACCGCAGGGAAGGCGGUUGGGGCUUCAGCAUUGAUUCUCCCUCCCCUUUGCAUGUUCUCCUGCCAUCCACUCCCAAAAAAAAGUCAAAACUGGGAUCGAAGGUGGGUUUCCAUCCCUCUCCCUGUGUGCAGCAUCCCUCAAGGGGCGUUUUUCCCAUCUCCAUCCUCAACUGGCCCCAAAAUCCCAUUAAUGGGUCAAAAAAUCCCACUAAUGGGUCCAAAAAUCCCUCUAAUGGGUCCAAAAUCGUUUUGGGAGCUGACCGCUCCCAAAAUCCCACUAACUGCUCCCUAAAAUAAUGCUGACCUGCCCCAAAAUCUCACUAACCCGUCCCAGAAUCCUACUAACCAGUCACCAAAUCCCACAAACUGGUCCCAGAAUAACGCUAACCAGUCCAAACUUAACGCUACCUGGUCCCAGAAUCCCCUAAACUGGUCCCAAAAUCCCACUAACUGGACCCAAAAUAACACUAACCAGUCCCAAAAGCCCACAAAAUGCUCCCCAUAAUCCCUCAAACUGGUCCCAAUACAAUGCUGACCAGUCCAAACUAAUGCUUCCCGCUCCCAAAACCUCACAAACCGGCCCCAAAAUCUCACAAACCAGUCCCAAAUCAUCACUCUGUGGUCCCCAAACCCCACGAUCUGUGCCCAAAUCCCCCCUCUCCAUUCCCAGUCCCUCCGAGGCACCG